GAGGCAGGACUGUGCAUUUGUCACAUGAGAGGUAUUAGGUAAGUUGCGGGGGAUUACUGUUUUUUCUUGUUCUUUCCGCUCCUAAAAGUCUACCUCCUGUGGGUAUUUGUGGGGCCAGCUUUCUCGGUCUCACACCCACACACCCUUUCAGUACACUGCUACACUCUUCCUUCUGGACACAGCGGCAUAGAAUGACUCUCCUGAGUUAGAUGCUCCUUCAGGCAGGUUUGACAGACAACAACCCUGCCUCUCUCAGGUUUCUCUUGCUGUUCUUACUCCUAGCCUGCCUGAUCCAUUUCAUUUAAGGACAUUCAAAGAGCUGCCGCUUUCCUCUCUCCCCAAACUUGUCUUUUAGGAGAGGUUCCUCCCCAACUCCCUUGAACCUUUAGCUGAGCCUUGAAAAUUGCUUCUCAGUCUGCCAUCUUGGGUGAUAUUUCCAAUGAAUACCUACUCUGACAUCAUGGUCUGAAGCUGAAGAGGCAAAAGAUUUUGCUUCUAAGGAGCCCCGCCACCUGGCGGAAGAGUUCCUCCCCUAGGAGAUUAUGUAUGUAAUUUUAUUUUCAGCAAGUCUAUCUAACCUAGUGUCCUAAGACUUUACCAGAAUCACUAAGGUUGCUUUUUCUGAUGCAGAUUCCUAGACCCCACCUAGACUCAUUAAAUUAGACUUCAUGAUGGACAGACCCUAAGAGUCUCCAUUUUUACCUUGAUUCUUUACACCUCUAUUGCAACAAAGGGCUUAGACUGAAAGCCUAGACCAGUUUCACCAAAGGAUGGGUUAAGUAGGGUGGAAAAAGGGGGUUUUGGAGUCUCCUGAUGUCGGAACUCUGUACUUAUAAAGUUGUUGGCUGGCUCAGGCAAAAGAAAUCGGGCAGCCACCUUCACACGAAUCCUGAUGUGGCACCAAGUGCAGCCUCAGAGGUCCAGCCACACAGCUCCCUCUCGGCCAUCCCAGCUCCUGAUAAAUAGGUUCCUGGGCCAGAAGGGUGUCUACUAGCUUUCCUGGCCUCAGCCCCUACACAAGUUGCAAAGGGGAGUUUCCAUUGUAGCACAGGCUCCUGGGAUCCUAUCGACUCUGUCUCUAAAUUGAGGGCUAGAGGGAAGAAAUGAGUAAGGAGCUCAUCCAUUCAACCACACUCAUUUUUUUUUUUUUUUCCAUAAAAGAGGUGGUGGAAAGGAGGAAGGGGUAUAUGGUAACUCUGUACUUUCUACUCAACUUUGCUGUGAACCCUUUGAAGCUGCUCUAAAAAUAAAGUCUUUCCACACACACACACAAAGGGGAUGCUGGUUUCUGGAACAAAGAAAGUGAGGGUAUGAUAGGAAACCAUUUGGACACAGUACAGAACGUGUAGAAUGAUGGCUUGGUAAGCCUAGAAAUCCUAUAGGACCUUUAGUAUGUAACUAAUGACACUUCCUAUGCUCUGGCCAUUUCCUUCGAUUAUUAGCAUUUUAGCCUCAACACAGUCAUGGCAUCAUCAUCUCUGGUUUCAGAGCCCUGAGGUUCAGACUCGGUGAUUUGCCCAGGGUCACCUAGCUAAUGAGUGAGUAGCCCUGCCCGAAGUCACACACACAUACUCUGACCUCAUGCCCCUGGCUCCCCUCCACCACUGCUGCCUCUCGCUUUACUGGUACUUUAUCUCAGAGGCAAGGGAGCUCUCAGAGGGCCACGUGCUGGCCCAACCUAAAAAUAGCUCCCAUUUAUCAAGCACUUCGCUCUACUCUGCUAAGCACUUUGCACAGAUUACCUCUUCUAAUCCUCACAACCACCCUAUGGGCAUUACCGUCUCCAUUUUACAGAUGAGGAAACAGACCUGAGAGAGACUGUGAUGCAAGUCGCACAAGCUAGUUGGUGAUGGAGCCAAAAGUGAGUCCAGGUAGUCCAGCUCCAGAGGGCAGACUCUACCUUCCCCACCACUAGGGGGGUUGGCGGAGGGGAUGGGGACAGACCCUGAAAAGGGCGAGUUGACAAGACUUUACAGCUCCCUGAACACGGCACAGAGAGAGAAGGAGCCGUUAAAGGUGAAAGGUGUGCAGGUGUGCGUGUGAACCGCUGAGCCUGCUAAGCCAGGAGCCCCAUUGUAUGAUCUGUGUGCGCGGCCAGGGGAGCUGUUUGAAGCUCAAAGCUUACCACACACACCCCCACCCCACCCCCGGGCUGUGUGAGUGGGGCCACCUCAGUCCUCUUGCGGCUAUUCUGGGCUGCUGUCUGAUCUCCCUCUCUUCCCCGGCCCCUACUUCAGCCCUUCUGCUGGGAGUAGCCGGGUGGGAAAAGGCCAGGCCAGUUACAUAAGCCCAUGGCUGGGACCCCGGAGGCCAGGCUGGAGAGCAGGUGCUUAGCCCCUCCCUCACCACCAACAGUGAAAAUCUCCCUCUGGAGCCCAGCCUCCGGGCGGCCCAGCAUGGAGGCAGCCACAGCUCCCGAGGUGGCCUCCUCAGGAUCCACACUGAAGGUGAAAGAAACGAGCCCAGCGGAUGCAGAAGGACCCCCAGCUUCACCUCGACAGGAGGCCGGCAGCCCCAUUCCCCAGCUCCUGUCCCCUAUAGAAGAGCACCCCAAGAUCUGGCUACCUCGCGCCCUGAGGCAGACCUAUAUCCGGAAGGUCGGAGACACCGUGAACCUACUAAUCCCAUUCCAGGGCAAACCCAAACCUCAAGCCACCUGGACACAUGAUGGCUGUGCCUUGGAUGCCGGCCAUGUGAGUGUGCGCAAUGGGGAGCGGGACUCCAUCCUCUUCAUCCGAGAAGCCCAACGUGCUGACUCAGGUCGCUACCAGCUCAGCGUGCGGCUGGGCGAGCUGGAGGCCACUGCCACCAUUGACAUCCUGGUGAUCGAGAGGCCAGGCCCUCCUCAGAAUAUCAAGUUGGUGGAUGUUUGGGGCUCCAAUGCUACUCUGGAGUGGACACCUCCCCAAGACACAGGCAACACGGCACUCCUCGGAUACACCGUGCAGAAGGCUGACACAAAAUCUGGGCUGUGGUUCACGGUGCUGGAACGUUAUCACCGCACCAGCUUCACAGUCUCCAACCUCAUCGUGGGCAACUCCUAUGCAUUUCGAGUCUUUGCUGAGAACCAGUGCGGGCUCAGUGAGACAGCCCCCAUCACUGCUGACCUUGCCCACAUCCAGAAAGCAGCUACCCUUCGCAAGACUGGGGGGUUUGCACAGCGAGAUUUCUCUGAAGCCCCAAAGUUCACCCAGCCUCUGGCAGACUGCACCACGGUCAUGGGCUAUGACACCCAGCUCUUCUGCUGCGUCCGCGCCUCUCCCAAGCCAAAGAUCAUCUGGCUGAAGAACAAGAUGGAUAUCCAAGGCAACCCCAAGUACCGAGCCCUCACUCACCUGGGAAUCUGCUCUCUCGAAAUCCGCAAGCCUGGUCCCUUUGAUGGGGGUAUCUACACCUGCAAGGCAGUUAACCCCCUGGGGGAGGCAUCUGUGGACUGUCGGGUGGAUGUGAGAGCUCCUCACUGAGGCCUCCAAAGAAGAUUAGGGCAACUCUGACAAAGUAUAAGUUGGAAAAGAGGAUGCACAUCCAUCACAGAGACGCAGGCAGCAGAACACACAUAUACGUACAUAGCUAAUUAAAGACCAAGCACUAAGACUUGAGGGCUGGGAGACACUGAAGAAAUUGGAGCAGAGUCUCACUAAGCCUUGGGGAAAGAAUAAAGGUGAGGUGCUCUUGCUUACAUGUUUGCUUUCAUUCUCAUAACAAGUAAGAUAUUAAAGCCAUUCUGUAAUGGCAUCUGCAAAAGACAGCAACAGUUCCCCCCAUCUUGGCUAGCAAGGGCAUCGUGCUCUUCCCAAAGAGUUGGGGUCUCUUCCCCUCCCCUCGCAUCUGGGCUGACCAUGUGACCUGCUUUAACCAAAAGAAGGUAGUGGAGGUGAUGCUGUGCCAGUCUGGGCCUAGACCUUAAGAGGUCUAGUAGUUGAAUCUCAGGACAGAUUUCCAAAUUAUGAGAGGCCACAUGCAGGACAACCCAGCAUCCCAGCUGACAGCUAGCACCAUAGCCCUAGAUACGUGUGGCUGCCUGAGACCUUUCAGCGCUAGUCAAGUCCAAUCCACUGGGACUGGAGUAGAGAGGUCAUGGAGUAGAGACAGGUCCUCCUGGCACGACUGUCUAUAAAAUCAAACUGUAAAAUCAUGAGAUCUGGGGUUUCGAGCCCUAAAUACUAGGGUGGUUUGUUACACAGUAGCACAUAACUGAAAUAGUCUUCUCGACGUCAGAUAUUGAACGUCAGGCUUUAUCACUUUUAAUCUCUAUUUUCCAAAUGGGGAAGUUGAAGUUCAUAAGCUGCUCCAAGUCACGAAGCUGGUAAGUUAGCAGAGCUAGGAUUGGAACCAGGUCUGCCUGACUUCAAGCUUUCUCUCUUUCCUCUCAUCUCUUUCACCCAAGCGACGCUCAACUGUAGCAGGUCUGGGGGGUGGGAUCAUGGGUUGUAAGAAAGAAAAGACCGCUAGGAGGCAGUAAAUCUUAGGCAAGGCUUUGAAGAGGAGGAGGGUGUGUUUCGGCUGAGAAAACUGAGACAGGCUUUUCUGUUCACACCAAAGGUCUAUUUUCAGCUGAGGCAAAUGUCUAUUCCAGCCUUUCUCAACUGGAGCACUAUGAGAAUGCCCCAAUGCCCCCCAAGGCAUCCGUUAUAUGUCAUAAUUAACUUUUUCCACGCAUCCAGAAUGUCACUAGUUAUGUAGCAUCUUGGGAAAACUGAGAAACUAGCCACACAAAUUAUUUGUACGGUCAAAUGCCCUUGCGGGACCCCUUGCUGCAACUGCCCGGUUGGGGAGAGAGGGGGACCAGAGUCCAGAGCCAGUUAGUUGGGGACACAAUGGCCAGGAGGCCUCCGUUCAGCUGAAGCAGGGCCGGGGUCAGGAAGGAGUGGAAUACACACAGCUACGAUGCCCUAAGGAUCAGUUAGACCUCUGGCCUCAGCCCACCGCCCCAUGCCUCUGCUAUCAAAGUACUCAAGGUUCCUAUAUGCUGAACCUUCACGGUGAAGGAAUAAAAUCUUCACGCUGAACAAGACUUCCAGUCAUAGUUAAUCUUCCCACAUUCAAGAAGAACUGUACUGGAAUCCUUAAUUUUGUCAUUUAUGCCCUCAACACUAGGGAGUUCCUUCUGAAGUAAGGUCUACCACGUGCCAGGGAGGGGGUGUAAUCUCUUCAUUAAUUCGUCUAUUUAUCCAAAAUCUUGAACAUCUGUUCAUAGAUGUCAUUUUAGGGGUUGGGCUGAGGGGGACAAAUAAUUCCCAGGUUAGUGGCCUUAGGCUGAGUAAAGAAUUCUUGUGCCUGAAAUCUGUAUCUUCUGGUUUUGUUGUUAUUCUGAUGGAGGAGAAAGUAGUUCAGUUGCUUUUUUUCUGGUACUGCAACAGCUUUCAAAAUCAUAACUGGGUGACAGGAAAUUGGAGAUGAGUUUCCAUAGGAGGAACUAACUUCCAAUUUGCUACAACUGCGU